UAUUCACUCUUCUCUUAUGCAUAGCUUGGAUCUAAGAACAAGAAGAAGAAACCCCAAGAUGAAUGCUUUGUUCUUGUACCUGAAGAAAAGACCCAAAUUGAAGCAAUGGGUCUUCAUCACAAUCGUGUUCUUGGCUGCCUCAUCUUUCUUAUGGGUCGCAACCUCUCUCCUCCAAAACAGCCAUUACACCUCAAACUUGGGUCUCUCAGCUCCAUCCUCACUCUCUGAUUCAACCCCUUAUCACAACUUCAAGCUCUUCUCUGCCGACUUCAAAGACAUGAUCCAAACCUUCAAGAUCUAUGUCUACCCAACUAACUCAUCUGACUUUGCUCAGAUUUUCGAUCCCCACCCAAACCCAUUUGACCCCAAAUUGGGUAACUACUUCAGUGAACACAUGUUCAAGCUCUCUCUACUCCAAAGCUCAUUCAUUACCUCCAACCCUGAAGAAGCCCAUCUCUAUUUCUUGCCAUUUUCGGUUAAUCUUCUCCGAAACGACCCCAGGGUCCAUUCAGAGGAAGCCAUUUCCGACUUUGUGGCGCAUUAUACUGAUGGGAUUAGCCAGGAGUUUCCUUUCUGGAAUGCCUCAAUGGGUUUGGAUCAUUUCUAUGCCUGCUGCCACUCUGUUUGCAGAGAAGCUAUGUCGAAACACAAUGACUUGCAUAACAAUGCCAUUCAGCUCACUUGCUCGUCUAGCUACUUCCAGAGGUUUUAUAUUGCCCACAAAGAUGUCUCCAUGCCUCAAGUCUGGCCUCGGCCGCCUCAGCUGACACUGAAUCCCCCGAAAUCCAGGGAUAAGCUUGUGUUCUUUGCCGGACGGGUUCAAAACUCGAAUGUGAGGCAGCAGCUGGUGGAUUUAUGGGGCAAUGAUACUCGAAUGGACAUCUACUCUGAGAAUCCGGGGUAUCCUUAUGAAGAAGGGUUUAAGAGGAGCAAGUAUUGCCUCCAUGUUAAGGGCUAUGAGGUGAACACUGCCAGGGUCAGUGAUGCCAUACACUAUGGGUGUGUGCCUGUUAUAAUGUCGAAUUACUAUGAGCUUCCUUUCGCUAAUGUGUUGAACUGGACUACAUUUUCGGUUAUUAUUAACCACAAUGAGCCUGCUUCGUUGAAGAAGACGCUGCUGUCGAUAACAAAGAAGAGUUACCUGAAGAUGUACCGGAAUUUGUUGGCAGUUAGGAGGCACUUCAUUUGGCACAAGACUCCUAAGGGAUAUGACUCCUUCCAUAUGACUGCUUAUCAGUUGUGGCUCAAAAGAGGGUCGCAGCGUCCAUCUUUCUAGUUCGUGCUUUGUGAUUCUGGGUUUUGGAUGUGUGCAAAUUGCCACUGUGUAAGAAAAUGAAGAAGGUUUUUUAUGGAGUUUACAAUUCUGAAGCAGAAACUCACCCUUGUAUUGUGUGCCAUGUAAGGUUUGCAACCAUAUUUCGUUAUACCUGGUGUGUAUGUAACAUGGAUUUGAAAACACGUUCUAUGUCCACAACACAAACUUGAUC